AUGGCGGACACCACUCAAGCACCCGAGGUUGACUACACCCUCAACAACCCCGAUACCUUGACCAAGUACAAGACUGCUGCCCAGAUCUCACACAAGGUCCUGGAGGCUGUCACCGCUCUGUGCAAUGAGGGUGAGAAGAUUGUCGAAAUCUGCCAGAAGGGUGAUGCGUUCCUCGAGGAGGAGAUCAACAAGGUUUACAAGGGAAAGAAGAUCGCCAAGGGCAUUGCCCACCCCACCACUGUCUCUCCUAGCUCAUACGUGACUCCCUACACCCCUCUGGUGUCCGAUGCCUCUGAGGCCGAGACCACCCUGAAGGCUGGCGAGAUUGUCAAGAUCCAGCUGGGAGCUCAGAUCGAUGGAUUCGGUACCAUUGUCUGCGACAUGCACGUCGUUGCCAAGAAGGAUGCUGCCAAGGAGGUUGUUUCUGGCCGUGAGGCUGACUUGAUCCUCGCUACCCACUACGCGAACGAGCUUCUCCUCCGUUUGAUGGUUCCCCAGGGCCUGCUCGCCCAAGGUACCGAUGAGGAAAAGGCCAAGGCUACUGCCCAGCGCGCCCCUACUCAGGCUCAGAUGUCCUCCCUUCUCGAGAAGGUUGCCAAGGCCUAUGACUGCAAGCUCGUUGAGAACACCACCAGCUGGAUGUUCGACCGCAACGAGAUCGAGGGCACCAAGAAGAUCAUUCUCGCCCCCGGCGAUGGUGUCCGUGGUGAUGGCACUCCGGAGGUUGGUGAGGUUUGGGGUGUCGAGGUGGGCCUCAGCUUGGGCUCCGGUAAGGUCAAGAACCUUGACCACCGUGCCACCCUCCACCGCCGCACUACGACCACCUACAUCCUGAAGCGUCCUAGCUCUCGCCAGACCCUUUCCGAGGUCGUCAAGAAGUUCGGCACCUUCCCCUUCAGCUUGCGCCAGCUCGAGGAUGAGAAGGCCGCCAAGGUUGGUGUUGUUGAGUGUGUUCGCAACGGCGUUCUGCGCCAGUACGAGCCCGCUGGUGACGCCGAGGGUGCUCCGGUCUCUCGCAUCCUGUCUACCGUCGCCAUCACCAAGAAUGGUCUCACCAAGCUUGCUGCCCCUACCAUCGAUUUGGAGCAGUACAAGUCCGAUAAGAAGAUCGAGGACGAAGAGAUCCUCAAGAUCCUCGAGCAGCCUUUGGCCCGUUCUACCGGCAACAAGAAGAACAAGAACAAGAAGAAGAAGACUGCUGGUGCUGAAGAGUAA